ACAAUAAAUAAUAGAUUUUGCUGUGCAGUGCAUACAGACAACUCUGCCAUGGUCCCUUAAGCCUACAUGUUACCAGUUCCAGGCUCUGAGCAGCCCAGUGGGGAGCACUGUUUGCAGGAGUUGUCCAUGUGGAGCAGGACAGUCAUAUGCAUAAGGUGUAGGUGAUCUGUAGGGUCAGGCUCAGCCUUUCCUCCUUUUCAACGUUCAGGACUAAUUACCAAGAACCUGUAGAGUGGUGGGGUCCAACUGCUACACCCAACAGCAACAAUGAACAUGGAGCAGUCUGAAAUACUGAGAACACCAUGGACUGGACUGAACAGCAAGAGUCUUAGCAACAAAAAGCCAACCUCAUCUCAGGCAAAGUUUCUACCCUUUAUAACCAGUGAACAGAGUGUUAGCUGUGAAAAUACUGACCUGAUGUGAUUGUGGUUCUUGGUAACACUGAUCCUAGUGGUAGCAGAAUGUCCCAUUACAGCGUGAUUUAGCCAUCAUGAAUGGAUACAGCUGUCUAAAGAUGAGUACCAUGGACAACCGGAGAAAGCAAAAGGAAACUUCCAUCAGUGAUUUUUAUGCCCUGGUGACAGCUGCCGUAAGGCUGUGGCAGUUGUAUAGUUUCCUCGUUCCACCAAGUGAGAAGAGUGAUGACCAUCCUUUUCCUUACUAUGGUUAUCUCAUACUUCAGUUGCAUGAAAGCUGCCCCGAUGAAAGAAGCUAGUCUAAGAGGACAAGGCAGCUUGGCUUACCCAGGUCUUCGGACCCACGGGACUCUGGAGAGCCUAAAUGGGCCCAGUGCUGGUUCAAGAGGACUGACAUCGCUGGCAGACACUUUUGAACAUGUCAUAGAGGAGCUUCUAGAUGAGGACCAGGACAUCCAGCCCAGUGAGGAGAACAAGGAUGCAGACUUGUACACAUCCCGAGUCAUGCUAAGCAGUCAAGUGCCUUUGGAACCCCCACUGCUCUUUCUGCUUGAGGAGUACAAAAACUACUUGGAUGCUGCAAACAUGUCCAUGAGGGUCCGGCGCCACUCCGAUCCGGCUCGCCGUGGGGAACUGAGUGUGUGUGACAGCACGAGUGAGUGGGUGACAGCAGCAGAGAAAAAGACUGCAGUGGACAUGUCCGGGGCCACCGUCACAGUCCUGGAAAAAGUCCCAGUACCCAAAGGCCAACUGAAGCAAUACUUCUAUGAGACCAAAUGCAACCCUAAGGGGUACACAAAGGAGGGCUGCAGGGGCAUAGACAAGAGGCACUGGAACUCCCAGUGCCGAACUACCCAGUCUUACGUGAGAGCUCUCACCAUGGAUAAUAAAAAGAGAGUUGGCUGGCGCUUCAUAAGGAUAGACACUUCUUGUGUAUGUACAUUAACCAUUAAAAGGGGAAGAUAGUGGGUUCGUGUUGUAUAGAUUAUAUUGAGACAAAAUUAUCUAUUUGUACAUAUACAUAACAGGGUAAAUUAUUCGGUAAAAAAUAAUUUUAUGGACUGCAUGUAUGAUGGAAGUUUAUACAGUACAGUGGUUACACAAUCUAUUUAUUGAACAUAUCCAUGACCUGAAGGGGAACAAAAAGUCAUUUGCGCACAAGUUUAAAAAAAA